AAUAAUUGUCAAUUUCUAAAAUUGUCAUGUCAGUGUUUAGUGCUGUGUAGUUAUUUUGUAAAAUUUUAUAAAUAAAAUGUCUGGAUCUAAGAAAAUGAUGCUGCGGGUGCAGUCGGCGGAGGGCACGGUGCGCAUUGAGCUGCUGGACACAGACGUGACAGCACGGCUCUACGAGCGAGUGUACGAGUCGCUCAACCUGAACACGUUUGGCUUCUGUCUACACAAGGACCGUGCUCGCAAGGAAGAGAUCACAUCCAGCAAGUCACGCCAGCUCCGCACGUGUGGGCUACAACACGGGGACAUGCUGUAUUUGAGCCCUGUGAAUGGUGCUGUCCUGUUUGACCAGCCUUCCACAAGUGUACAGUCAAACAAUAAACCAUUUGGUGAGCCGGUAGAGGCAGGGCCAUCCUCAGCACCGGUCUCCCUUCCCACCACAAAGUCCAACACCCCGGCAGAGGAUGAGGUGGAUCUGCAGCUCUACCGCCUCUCAGGGAACAUACAGAGGCAACGAGAUGACAAGUUAUGCAGACACAACUCCAAAGGCUGUUGUGUGCACUGCUCUCCCCUAGAGCCGUGGGACGAGGGCUACCUUAAGGAACACAACAUCAAACAUCUGUCCUUCCAUUCAUACUUGAGAAAGAUGACUUCUGGCAAGUUCAUCACACUGGAUGAACUCUCGUGCAAAAUAAAACCUGGAUGUAAGGAGCACCCGCCGUGGCCGCGCGGCAUCUGCUCCACGUGCCAGCCCGGCGCCGUGACGCUCAACCGCCAGCCGUACCGGCACGUCGACAACGUGCUGCUGGAGCACGCAGCUCCGGUGGACCGCUUCCUCGCGUACUGGCGCGCCACGGGCCACCAGCGCAUCGGCUUCCUCUAUGGCCAGUACGAACAGCAUCCCGAUGUGCCUUUAGGUAUCCGCGCCCGCGUGGCUGCCAUCUACGAGCCGCCGCAGGAGUGCUCGCGCGACAGCGUGCGGCUGGCCGACGACGACAACGAGCAGCUCGUGGAGGAGCUGGCGCGGCGGCUGGGCCUGCGCCGCGUGGGUUGGCUCUUCACCGACCUGCUGCCGCGGGACCGCACCGCCGCCACCGUGCAGUGCUUGCGCGGCAUGGACACGCACUUCCUGUCGGCGCAGGAGUGCAUCAUGGCGGGCCACUACCAGAACCUGCACCCCAACGUGUGCCGCCACGCCUCCUCCGGCACCUUCGGCUCCAAGUUCGUCACCGUCUGUGUCACAGGUGACAGCAACAACCAGAUCCACCUGGAGGGCUACCAGGUGUCGGGGCAGUGCCAGGCGCUGGUGCGGGACGGCAUCCUGCUGCCGACGCGAGACGCGCCCGACCUGGGCUACAUACGCGACUGCACGCCGCAGCAGUACGUGCCGGACGUCUAUUACAAGGAGAAAGACGCGUACGGCAACGAGGUGGGCGUGUCGGCCAAGCGGCUGCCCGUGGCGUACCUGCUGGUGGACGUGCCGUGCGGCGUGGCGCCGGCCGCGUCCGCGCCGCCGCUGUUCAGCCCCAGCGCCAGCUUCCCGCCCGCGCACCGCCCGCUGCAGCGCCACGUGCAGACCAUGCACGCGCUGCACCAGCAGCUGCAGGAGGCGAGCUCGUUCCUCGAGGCGGUAUCAGACUUUCACGUCCUCCUGUACCUGGCGAGCAACGAGGCGCUGCCGCUGCCGAUGGACCAACUAGCGCCGCUCAUCGACGCAGUGCGCACGCGCGACGCGGACGCGGCGGACGCGUGGCGACAGUCGCCGCACGCCGCCACGCUGCUGCGACUGGCGCGCGCCGCGCACGAGACCGCGCCCGCCGCGACGUCCGCGCCCGCGCCCGCCGGCAGCGAGCCCGGCGUGUGGACGUGCCCGCUGUGCACCUUCCACAACGCGGCGCCGCUCGACGCGUGCGAGAUGUGCGCCAUGCCACGGAACGCGAUGUAAAUAGAAGAUUGUAGCAGAUUACCUUUUAUACUGAAGCGGAGACGCGGCCGGCCGCGCCCGCAUACGUGACGUCACCGCUCAGCGCCGCGCACGUGACGUCAUUGCCGGCGCCGCGCACGUGACGUCACUAACCGUCGCCGCACAGAACACGGUCGAAGUAAACGCUAUUUAUUGCAAAUAUAUUCUUUUACGAGAACCCGCCAAGCGAUCAGGCUCAAAAGGACUAGAACUCAGAGCUUACUGCUCUUUUUGAGCCAGUUAAAAAAACUGCCAAGCGAUGGUGCAAUUCGAGCUGUUUGUAAUGUGCGUGACGUCACCAACGCCUUGAAGUCACCGCAAUCCGUCGACGAAGUGCCGAGGACCCGUCAGAAAUUUUGCAACUAGAAGAGAAAUCUGUGAAAAGCGAUUGUAGCACUGCCAAUGUUAUGUUUAGAUUGUGUUCACGCUUUAUGGUCGCGUCUUAAAAUGAGAAAGUAAGACGAUAAUUUAAUAAAGUGUGCGCAAGAUAAGUCUGCGCGACUGGCAGUGCAAGUUUGUUGCCAGCGUUAGUGGUCUCUUUUACCCACCAAGAG